AAAGUUGACAAUGGCAUUCAUCAAGUUCCAAACUUGUGAACUUGGCUGUUAAAAGGCAGAAUGUUGUCCCCUCAACAAGAGCUAAAUAACAUGCAGGGAUUGAAUGGUUGCUAACCGUAGAACCUAAUUGUUUUGACAGGGAAGUUUGGUCAUAACUAAAAUACCUCCAUAUCUUUUGAUAUCAACGGCUGUUUGAAACCCACGAGAGCAGAUAUAGGUCUCAAUUGCGUGGACAGAAGGAAUCUUAACGGGCUUUAAAGUGUUGAUGGGAAGUUUUUGCACUUAAUUUAAUCCUGAAUUGGGGUAAUUAGAAAAAUAAUGCAGUCUUGAAAACAACGGGCACCUAGGAAAGGUAUUGUUUGUAGCACUCCGCAGUGCCUGCAACAUUGCUACAAGUUUCUGCUGCACUUCCUCGUUAGAACAAAUUUUUAAUCCAGAUUUUUAUUCUAUCUCUUCUCUUCCCCUGCGUUUGUUUUGAAACAGUUGGAGACACUUUGCAGUAGGUGAUCAAUACAAUACACAUCUGAGAAUAGUUUGUACAGAUAUUAGUGUCUGUACAGAUGGCAUUUUGUAAAGUUGAUUGCAGUCUAAAGAAGAAUGUGGUUGCGAGGGGACUUCCUUCGAUUCCGGCUUUGCAUCGGAACAGGAAUGGUUCCAAGGCAGUACUGCAGUGUUGUUUGGGUUCUAGUAGGGUUCUGAAUUUGGGGUUUAAGGGACUUAAUGUUUCCCACAGUUCAGGGUUUGCUGGAGUAGCAGGUCUGAGGCUCCGUGGGUCGACCUCUAAUCUACUCAAAAACGAUUUUGUGGCUUUCGCUUCACAGGAAGAAUCGGCUCCAUCAGACAUUGAGGUGGAAAUGGUAAGAAAUGAGUUUGAGAAACAAGCAGAAGAAACGGAGGAAGCAAUGAAGCAAACAAUGAGUGCUAUUAAGGAGCAACCUUCUACAGUACAGGAAAUUUUCAAGGCAUUGUCAAAGAUGCUUGUGAAUUCUCGUGUUGAACUGGAAAAGCUAUGGUUAAAGCUGGAAAAGGUAAGGAAUCCAGAGAAGUUAGAUGUAGAAUUGAAGCAAAGAAUCAAGGCUAUGGAGGAGCAAACUACAAGAAUGCUGGAAAUUUCAAACGAAGCAUAUAUUGUCUAUGCUGAGAAAGCAAAGAUAGCGUUGAAGGAUGCAACAGAGCAGUUAAAAUUACAAACAGAAAAUACAAGAGGACUUUUAGUUUCAACUGCUGAGGAAAUAAGUAUAAAGGGAAAGCAAAAUUUUUCAGUUUUGGUAGAAAAUGCUCCUGAGCACGUAAAGGAGAUUGUGGUAGUUGCUUUUGAUACUCAUCCAGAAGACCUUCAAAAACUAUCUGGAAUUCAUGACUUUUGUCUUGGUAUUCCAUAUGGUGCACUUCUUUUUGUUGGGGGUUUGCUCUCAUUUCUUAUAACUGGUAGCAUUCCUGCUAUUCGUUUUGGGAUCAUUUUAGGUGGGAUACAUUUAGCAAUGAGCAGUUUAAGCCUUAAAGCAUGGAAGAAGGGGAAUUCGCGUGUGACCUAUGUGAAAGUACAAUUUGCUGUUGCUCUCAUUAUAUUUGUAAGGGAGAUGCGAGUACUUUUCCAGAGACCAGCUUUGUUUCCUGGUGGUUUUAUGGCUUUUGUCAGUGCUGCAAUGCUUCUCUUUUAUUCCUUUUUACUUUUGUCUGAUGGGAACCAGCUGAAGAAUGCUAAACCAGAGUCAUCUGACUGACAAAUGGCAUGGAUGAAAUAUCUUGUGUUUGGUCGUGACUGAGAUUGCCAGAAAUUUUGCUGAAGGUCUCGUAUAACUAUGGAGCACCCUUGGUGGAGACCAAGCAUCCUUUAAUGAGCUUCUAUUAGCUUGUGCAAUUUAUCAUAAGAAGGCAUUCCAUGAUUGGUUAGGACAACAAGGGAUGUUCUCUUGGUCCUUUGUGAAAUAGAAGUUGAAUUUUAGAAAUGAUUUCAUAUGCAGUUUUGAAAGUUAAUUUCUUUAUCUUCAGUAAAUAAGCCAUUAUGUAUGGUGUAUCAAGCUCUUAAGAACUGUGAGUAAUUGGUAAAAGAAGCCAGUUAGCUGUGGCUUUAAUGAUUCUUUGCUACUAUGUGCAUUGAGUUUAAUGAUAUGAUUAUCAGUUUUAUAUUA